CCUCUGUUCAGGAUUACGUGUUGUCUACCACAUGAGGUCCUCAUUCAUUUUCAAAACAAACAAAAUGGCGGCACACAUGAGAUGGGGACUUCGUCAAGUGCUCCGGACAAGAAACACGGCUAGUUUUAGAUUUCAAGACAAGACCAGAUGCUCGUACCACUCACAGUGCUUGACCCAGCAGAGCUCAAGGAAAGUUCAGCUCCGACCAGGGACAGCAGGAACCACACGCUUCUUAAUAAGACACCUGUCGAUCCAGACUCAAGACACUCCAAACCCCAGAAGUUUGAAGUUCCUCCCUGGGAAACCUGUCCUAGGAAGUGGGACUCUUGACUUUCCCUCCCCAAGCACUGCUGAGUGCUCAUCAUUAGCCAGGAACCUGUUUGAGAUUGAAGGAGUUAAGAGUGUGUUCUUUGGCCCUGACUUCAUCACAGUCACUAAAAUGGAUGAGGAUGUGGAAUGGACAGACAUCAAGCGUCACACUCUGGAGGCCAUUGCUAAGUUCUUUGAGAGUGGAGAUCCAAUAACAACAGGGGCAGUGCACCAUGAGAGUAGUCAUUCUGAAGAUGAUGACGAUAUUGUAUCUAUGAUAAAGGAGCUUCUGGAUACCAGAAUCAGACCUACAGUGCAGGAGGACGGAGGAGAUGUCAUCUUCAAGGGGUUUGAGGAAGGUACAGUCAAGCUCAAGCUGGUGGGUUCCUGCACAGGGUGUCCCAGUUCUACAGUUACCCUGAAGAACGGCAUUCAGAACAUGAUGCAGUUUUAUAUUCCAGAAGUGGACAAUGUGGAGCAGGUGGAAGAUGAAGUGGAUGAAAUCAACGCAAAGGUUUUCUCAGAGCUGGAGCGCAAGUUACAAGAUUAAAAACAUCUCCCAGUGCACUCACGGAUUGUAUCAGAAGAAAAAGAUGUUCCACUGUUUAAAAACAUAGCCAUGCAUUUUGUUCACAAAAUCUCUACGUUCACAAGAAUUAAGUCAGUAACUAUUCACUGUUUUUUAUUUGCACAAUAUAACUGUUAACGGUUGAAGCUGCAAUAUGUAUGUACAUAAUGUAAUCCCUUGUUACCAAAAGAAGUAAAAACUGGAAAUUUCUGCGAUUCCAGAAUGAGCUGUUAUCUUCCAACCUGUCUAAAUGCUCUACUCUGAUGGUUGUAAAUGUUUGAUGUAUUUAUUUCUUAUAUAUAUUGUAUAUUUUGAAAGAAUAUUUUCAUAGAGUGAGGAUUACAUGAACAUUUUGGACAGUGUUCAUGGUCAUUCAGAGAGAUGAUAUGAUAAAGUAUUCCUUUUAUUGCAACACAAUACCAAGAUACCAACACAAUAUGAGAAACCCCUAUUUGCUUGUCAAUGCAUCAUCUGCAAUAUGUUUUUUAGGCCUAAGUUAAAGCUGCUGUUGGUAGUCACGGAGUAAACAUCUGUUCAGAGAGAGGGACUUCGAAUGUCAACACUAUCCCUCCCAACCAGAUUUCCUCUUGGCCCCCCAACACAGAUCGUCGUGUGCAGUCGUGAUAGUGCCGGACUCAUAACCAAUCAGAGGAUGUAGUAGGGGCUUUUUUACUAAUUAAAAAAAAAAAAUUACUCCACUUACCUAUGAGUACCGAUGACCAUUUUGACCUUUUCCCCAAACCCAGCAUCAAAAAAGUAAUGUUUCUUACACCAUUCCUACCAACAGCAGCUUUAAAGUUAUUUAUUAGGCCUAGGUAGAUUGAAGUAUCAUGUCCUUAAGAUCUGCUUGCUUUUGCACAUGCUUUGUUCUCUGUCUAAGAUGUACUGUAUCAAAUCAAAGUUCAAAGUUUGGAAGUA